ACGCGGUUAAAAUGAAUGGGUUAUAGGAAAAAUGUCUUACAAUUUUAUUUCUGCAAGACAUUUUUCGGAAAAUCUUCCUCCCCUCUCACCAUAUUCCUUCUUCUUCCAGGUAACUUUCCUCCUGCUACUUCUUCCGUUCUUCAUCUUUUAUUUUACCAAAUUUCUGUAAGACAUUUACCAAAUUCGUCAGCGAAGACAAAGUCUGAUUCAUCGAAAGAAACAAUGGCAGAGCCUUACAUUGAACAAGUAGAGUAUCUCGACGUUCUCACUAAAACCGGUAAAAAAACCGGCGUUUCCAAGCCCAGGGGAGAUGUCCAUCGAGAUGGGGAUUACCAUAAAGCAGUCCAUGUUUGGAUUUUUGCUGAGAGUACACAAGAAUUACUUCUCCAAAAACGUGCAGACUGCAAGGACUCGUGGCCAGGGUUGUGGGAUAUCUCCAGUGCUGGCCAUAUAUCUGCUGGUGACUCAUCGCUAAUAACAGCACAGAGGGAGCUUCAAGAAGAACUAGGGGUGAUCCUCCCAAAGGAUGCAUUUGAGUUGAUAUUCGUUUUUCUUGAAGAGUGUGUCACAAACAAUGGAAAGUUCAUCAAUAAUGAAUACAGCGAUGUAUACCUAGUAACAACUCUAGAGCCAAUUCCUCGAGAAGCCUUUACACUUCAGUAAGGGAGAAAAAGACUGGACAAGAAGAAUUGGCAAUGAUCGUCAUUUAAUCUGCAUAGAGGAUCCGUUUGUGGUAUCUCAUGACCUUGGUCGAGUGAUAGACAAGUUCAGCAUUAAAGUUCUAAGAGGAGUUUGAACGAGUGGCUGAUGUAAUGCAGUAUGAUCCAAAUCCUUGGAAAACACUCUUUGAACCUUACGUCCCUGGGUAACAAAACCUUGUCCAAGUGUGUUAGAAAAUCAAUGGUUAAAGCUAUUUGGUUGGUUUUUGUAGUUUGUGUGCUUUGCAUCCCCCAUAAUCUUCAAUUUUGACCUUUUGAGUUCACAUCUAUUUUAAAGAAGUUUAAGCUUAUUAUAUGUAAUCAAGAAAAGAAAUUUCCUAACAUUUUAUGGAUGGAUGUUAAACAAGUUGUAAUUAAUUGAUUGAUAGUGUAUACAAAAUUCCUCUAUGAUCCAAA